GAGAGCACGCGUCUGAGCGCAAGCGGCAAACAGUGAGGAGCUUGCUUGCUGCACCGCGGCCACGGGUUUCCAGCCAGCCCAGCAUUGGAGGAGUAACCAAUUUCACACUUUUGUGCUCUACUUUUUUUUUAAUGAUGUCACACAGGCAUGCUUUUACCACAGGGGCUUCAGAAGUUUACCUGCUGGUGAUGUUCAUCUGCAUGAUUUUAGCGCUCAACAUGACAGAAGAAGCGUCAACAUGCCCUCUCGGAUAUUUCCCCUGCGGCAACCUGACCGUGUGUCUCCCGCAAGUGUUGCACUGCAACGGCGCCGAUGACUGCGGGAACCAAGCGGAUGAGGAGAACUGCGGAGACAAUAACGGAUGGCCUCAUCUGUUUGACACAUACUUUGGGAUGCCGAGCAACAACACCGGGACAAAGUCCAACCUGUGCUUGUUGGGCGCCAUUCCCGAGCUGUGCCAGUGCCGCGACCUGGAGCUGGACUGUGACGGGACACAGCUCCACCGCGUCCCAGCAGUGGCGGUCAACGUCACCAUGAUGUCCUUGCAGAGGAAUCAUCUCCGACUUCUGAAAACAAACACCUUCUUCAUGUACCAGAGCCUGCAAAAGCUAUACCUGCAGCACAACCAGAUAGAAGAAGUGAGUCCGGGUGCAUUCAGUGGGCUCUAUAAUCUCACCAGGCUAUACUUGAACUACAACAACAUUUCCGUCCUGAAGCCCGGUGUGUUCAGGGAUCUGCACAAGCUGGAGUGGUUGAUCUUAGAGAACAACAACAUCCAUCACAUCUCCUCCAAAGCCUUUUCUGGGCUCAACUCGCUGGUCUUGCUGGGGUUGCUGAACAACUCGUUGACAAGGAUGGAAGACGUCUGUCAGGAAAUGCCCAUGCUGAACUGGCUGGAUUUGGAGGGGAACCUUAUCCAGACCCUCGAGAACAUCUCCUGCUCAUGCAGCAUGCUGACAGUUCUGGUUCUGCAGCGCAACAGGAUCAGUCAUAUCCACGAGAAAGCCUUCUCCGUCCUUCAGAAUCUUGGGGAGCUAGAUCUUUCUAGCAACAGACUGACGGAGAUCCCUCCUAAUCUCUUUGUCCACCUGGAGGAUUUGCUUCAACUAAACAUUUCUUACAAUCCCAUCGUGGAGCUCCAAGUGGACCACUUUGAUAAGCUGCACAGGCUGAAAUCAUUGAGCAUAGAGGGCAUCGAAAUCGGGAACAUCCAACGUCGCAUGUUUGAGCCUCUUAAACACUUGACUCACAUCUACUUCAAGAAGUUCCAGUACUGCGGUUACGCGCCGCAUGUGCGCAGCUGCAAGCCCAACACCGACGGCAUCUCCUCCUUUGAGGACCUUCUGGCCAACAUCGUGCUGAGGGUCUUUGUGUGGGUGGUCUCGGCCACCACCUGCUUCGGCAACAUCUUCGUCAUUGCCACGCGCUCUUACAUUCGCUCGGAGAACAAGCUGCACGCCAUGUGCAUCAUCUCCCUCUGCUGUGCAGACGGGCUGAUGGGCAUCUACCUCUUCAUGAUUGGUGCGUACGACCUGAAGUUUCGCGGCGAGUACAAUCGCCACGCCCAGGCCUGGAUGGACAGCAGUCAUUGUCAGAUGAUCGGCUCCCUGGCCAUGCUGUCCACAGAGGUGUCGGUCCUGCUUCUCACCUACCUCACGCUGGAGAAGUACAUCUGCAUUGUCUACCCUUUCCGUUACUUGAUGCCGGGAUGGCGCCGCACGGUCACCAUCCUGCUGGGGAUAUGGGUGUUUGGAUUCGUGGUGGCCUUCUUGCCGCUAGUCUGCAAAGGGCUCUUUCGAAACUUCUACGGGACCAACGGCGUUUGCUUCCCGCUGCACUCGGAGCAGCCAGAGACGGCGUGGGCUCACGUGUACUCCAUUGUCAUUUUCCUGGGUCUGAACCUGGUGGCGUUCCUCAUCAUUGUCCUCUCCUAUGCGAGCAUGUUCUACAACAUACAGCGCACAGGCACCCAGACGGCCAUGUACAGCAACCACAUCAAGGAAGAGGUGACCAUCGCUAAGCGCUUCUUCUUCAUCGUCAUCACCGACUCCCUCUGCUGGAUCCCCAUUUUCGUGCUCAAGAUUCUGUCGCUGCUGCAGGUGGAGAUUCCCGGUACCAUUAGCUCGUGGGUGGUCAUAUUCAUCCUCCCCAUCAACAGCGCCCUCAACCCCAUCCUUUACACGCUGACAACGCGUCCCUUUAAGGAGACUCUCACGCAGGUUUGGGCCAACUACAGGCACAGGUGGCCUGUGGUCAGCAGCCCCCCCCUUCAUCCACCCUUGCACACUUGGCAGGAAAUGUGCCCCAUGCAGGAUGCCAACCCUGCCACCGCCGUGGGGGGUCAUCGGGACGCCAAGCUCCCCCCUGUGGAAAAUAACACAAAGCAACACGAUGACAAGCAAUGACACGAAUGGUGGUGCGUUCAAGUGCGUGUAAAGGAGAG